CAGGUGCGAUUGGAUUGUUGGCAAAAUUGGAUGAACGUGCAGGUAGAAUAUUGAGUCAAUUGGAAGUUAAAAUUGCUGAUUCAUUUAAGCCAAUCGGAGAAAUUGCAACAGAAAGUUAUCGAACUUUACGUACAGAUCAUCGAACGCAACCUUCUGCUGGCUUUAUCGAUGGAAUUGCAUUGUGUAAUGCUUUUGAUCCAUUGAACAAUGAGGCAAGAGUUGCACUCAUUCGUAGAGGUCGCUUACCCAUCGAUGCUGAUUUGGAUGAAGUCAAUAAUCUUGUAGAAUCACUUCAGAGACUAUCAUAAGCAGUAGCAGUAGCAGUAGGCUCGCUAGAAUUGAAUGAAUUGAUCCAAAGCUGGAGAACAACACUUGUGCAUUUUAACGCGUAAGCGCACAGACUUGAGUUGGUGUCUGUGUGUUGUUUCUUCUGAAUUGGAAGAAUGUUUAGAUGUACUUUACAACCAUCAACCUCUGGGCACACAAAGAAAGAGGAUGAAUGAGACAGAAGUAUCAAGCGAUGAAGAGUUGGAGUAUAGCUCUUUAUCAAGUUUGAGCGAAGAGGAUGUAGAAGAUGAAGAAGAGGACGAGGAAUUGGAGGAUGAAGAAGAAGAUGAGAACGGCGCUGGACCUAGCAUCCGAUAUGCAAACAAAGUAGCCAUCACGCCAAGAAAGAAUAAUGGAGAAAGCUCAAAUGGCAGACCUAUGCGAAGAUCUGCGGCAGCUGCAAGUAAUGCUUGGUUAGGAUCAAGGGAAGCAGCUAGACGUCAAAGGGAAGAAAGCUCGAUAGACGCAAACGAAGAGAGAGCAGAAGGAACGCCAAAGAAAAGAGGAAGGCCACCACUCUCAUCCACUUCUACGCCAACAAAGAGAGCAGAUGAAGCGGCUACUGAUACACUAAGGAAGAGAGGCAAGCCACCUCUAAUGUCCAGUCCAGCAAAAGGAGGGGUUGAGGUAGAAGUAUCCACACCCAAGAAACGAGGAAGACCACCGCUAAACUCGACGCCCUCAAAGAAGGAUUUAGUAGCUGAGGGCUCUGAAGGAUUGGAACUAACACCCAGAAAACGAGGAAGGCCACCAUUAGGCACAACAACGCCUCGCAAAGAAGUUGGAAUUGAAGAUACGCCAAGGAAGAGAGGAAGGCCACCUCUUUCAUCAAAACAUGAUGAGGACGAAUCGAGAAAUCCAUUCACAACUGGUACCGAUGGUUCAAUGAUCAGACCUUCAUCCUCUGAUGCAUAUUUCGUGAACCAUGCAACACGGGCUACAUCAUCUGCUCGUCUACGCACCUCAGAUAAUCUCAUCAGCAGAGAUAUCUCAGCAUUGGCGCCAAGGACAAUCGUUAGUAUGACAAAAAGAUUAGCAAAAGUUGUUGAAAGCAACAUGGAUGACAAAGGUAAAGAAGGAUCUUUGCAAGUCUCUUUCCCAACAAUUGUACCGUUGAGCAAAUUUGAUGAUUUUCAUCAGCAUUGGUGGUCUCUACUACAAAGCACUUCUCGACCGCUCUUGUUUUACGGUAUUGGAUCAAAAAGAGCACCUUUACAGCGCUUUGCUCAUUCUAUGGCCCAGACGGGCCGAUGUAGCGUCAUUGUCAUUCGUGGAGAUGCAGGCGGAAAGGUGGAGGAAGCCAUACAAGAGAUGGAAAGAACCUUAUCGAUUUCGCCCUAUUCUGAUAUUUCUCGAUUACAAAGGGCUAUGUCGGCCAAUGCAAUGGAAGCGAGGGUGUUGUACUUACUCAAAGUUCUUGAGAGGACACAAUCUGAAGCUUCAUCAAAAACCCCUCCAGCUUUCAUGUUGAUGCUGCAUACUAUCGAUUCACCGGCUUUGCUACAAGAGCGUUCGAUGCGAUUGUUGGGCCUUUUGUGUACAUCUCCUUACAUCCAUGUAUGUGCGGAUACUAUACAUUUCAAUGUUGCCUCUUUGGCCGGAUUGGAUGAGAAUCUACCAUGGCUAUGGAUCGAUCUUACGACUUACAUUCCAAUCCUUGAUGAGAUCAUCGGAGAAAGAGGUGCGGGAAUCGGACGCACGAUUGGUUUACCACCUGUAUUGGAUAUCCGUAGAGCAGGUGCUGAUAGUGAUGUUGCUGUUUUAGCAAUGGAUCACAACAGAGUAGGACAAUCACAGCUUACUGCCAGAAAUGGGACAGGAGCAGAUCAAGAUACUCCUGCUGUUGGUCCGAUCACCCUUUUGUCCGAUCGUGCAGCGAUUCAUAUUUUGAGAAGUGUUACGUUCAAGGCUCGCGGACUUUUUCUGCUUUUGGGCGGUAGAUUGAUCAAUACAUCAAAAAGCACAACACAACUUACCGCGGACACGGAAGAAUUAAAAGCGAUCACUUAUGACGAUUUAUCCGAAUUGGCGAGGAACAAUUUUCUGGCAAUGACGCCUGAUGCUUUACGUGCCCUACUUGUUGAAUUCACAUCUCACGGGUUGGUAUCGAUUGUGGAUAAUCGAGUGCAAAUCGCUUUGACAAAGUCCGAUUUACAGCAUGUGAUCGAUUCAUUCUCGAAGCAGGCGGACUAAAGGGGGUAAUGAUUAAGAUAUAGGAGCUGACUUGUUUUGUAUUAUAUUUGUAGCCAUUUCCAAAGCAUUUGUAAUAUCAUCACUAUUGAUCUUUUUUGCCAGAGUCAAACCAAGCUACGAUAAAGAGUAUACACCAGAACGGUUGCUCCUAAUUGAAGAAUCAUGAUGCAGGGUGUAAAUAGGUGAUCUUCAAAAUCACCUCAUUUCACGCGUAUUUGUGGGGGGUAUAAGAAGAGAGCUAAAGUGUGUGUGUGUGUGUGUGUGUG